GCUCCGGGGAGGGGUGAGCCAGGGGCAGGUUCCAACUCCCCUCGGAGUGGAGCCUUCCAAACAGGAAAGUCUCCUGGUGUCGCUCAGGAGAGUGGAGCCAAUGCGUGGCUCGGAGGAGGUCCGCGCGGAGCCCUGUGCAGAUUGGUGCUGAUGAUUCUUACCAGUUGUGUGUAUGUGUGCACACACACACACACACACACACACACCCAGAGACGCUGCCUGCCUGCUCCCAUCUCUCGCGCACUCUCCUGUUCUCUCCCUCCCUUUGCAAACAUUGGAUUUAAACCUGUUCAGAAUUCAGCACAGAGGAAGGCAGCAGCGGAGGCAGCAGCAGAGGCAGGAGCGAGCCCGGCAGCCUAGCGCACCGCAGCGUCGAGAUGUACCAUCCCGCCUACUGGAUCGUCUUCUCCGCCACGACUGCCUUGCUCUUCAUCCCAGGUGUACCAUAGAUGACCGGGUCACCCGGGUAGCCUGGCUAAACCGCAGCACAAUCCUCUAUGCUGGAAAUGACAAAUGGUCCAUAGACCCUCGUGUGAUCAUCUUGGUCAACACGCCAACCCAGUACAGCAUCAUGAUACAAAAUGUGGAUGUGUAUGAUGAAGGUCCAUACACCUGCUCUGUGCAGACAGACAAUCACCCUAAAACUUCUCGAGUCCAUCUCAUAGUGCAAGUCCCGCCACAGAUCAUGAACAUCUCCUCAGAUGUCACUGUGAAUGAAGGAAGCAGUGUGACCCUGCUGUGUCUUGCUAUUGGCAGACCAGAGCCAACUGUGACGUGGAGACACCUGUCAGUCAAGGAAGGCCAGGGCUUUGUGAGUGAGGAUGAAUACCUGGAAAUCUCUGACAUCAAGCGUGACCAGUCUGGGGAAUAUGAAUGCAGUGCCCUGAAUGAUGUCGCCGCACCAGAUGUGAGGAAAGUAAAGAUCACUGUCAACUACCCUCCCUAUAUCUCAAAAGCCAGGAACACUGGUGCCUCUGUGGGUCAGAAGGGCAUCCUGAGCUGUGAAGCUUCUGCAGUUCCCAUGGCUGAGUUCCAGUGGUUCAAGGAAGAUACCAGGUUAGCCACUGGCCUGGAUGGAGUGAGGAUUGAGAACAAAGGCCGCAUAUCCACCCUGACUUUCUUCAACGUCUCAGAGAAGGACUAUGGAAACUACACCUGUGUGGCCACCAACAAGCUUGGGAACACCAAUGCCAGCAUCACAUUGUAUGAGGAGAUUGUUUCCUGAAACCACUAGAAGACCAUUAGCCCUGGAGAAGCCUGGAUGAGCACCAAAUUUCUUCCUACAUAAUUGAAGGAUUAAGGUUCCAAGCUCUGUGCUUCUAUCAGCCUUUCAUGAAAGCACAUGUCAGGAGCUUACAAGAACUUCUUCAGUGCUGGCUUUCCUCACUAGCAAGAACAUGAAAGAAAACACCUCUCUUUUUUCAAUGUAAAGACGGCAGUCCAUGCUCCCGAGUGCAGAGACUACAGCUAAGCAGCUCUGUUCUGCUCCAGUUCUGGUUUGAUCUGUUUGAAAACUAUCCAGUAAAAAGCUGAUGGAGGCCAAUUACAUGGCGGGUGUGUUGACAACUGUGGUAUUUGUUUCAGAAAGCUCUUCUGAGCUGAGGGCACUUGAGCAACUGACUUAAUUUCCAAGCACUUGAUUAACACAACACUGCAAACAGAAGGAGAAAAGUGUAAGUGACACAAUUUCCUCUGAUGCAAGCUGCUUCUCAAGGGGCUUUUGGAAAGAAUGUCCCCAGCUCCUUAGGUUCCAAACAGAUCUCACUUACAAAGAUGCAUGGAUACAAUCUUUCUUCUUGGUCUCCUGAGACAAGGAGGACUCAAUGAGCAAGGGGGCAGGGAUUCAGAGAAGCAGCAGUGGAAGCCACACUGUGUUGUGCUGCAGGGACUUCUCUGGGAAGGAUAAGAAUGAAGUACAACAGUGAUGUUCCUACAGACCUACCCUGCCUUUGCUGGAAAACCUUUCAGGUCCACAUUCUAAGAAAUAAUAAAUGCAAGCUCCAUAGCAUUCUAUUUCCUCAGUGCUUAAGUGUUCUCUUCCUUCAGUAUAAGUGCCCUUUCUAUGUUUGUCACUAUCGCAAUGUGAACAUGACAGCCGAGGUGUGGAAAUAUACAUAUUGUAUGUGCGUAUAUGCAUAUUAUAUGUGUAUGUGUGUGUGUAUACAUGCAUACACUUACAUACAUACAUAUAUACAUAUAUACAAACCCAGGUUAUUUGGGCAAACAAAAAGUUAGGUGUUGUCAUUAGAGGUAGAACUGAUGUGGACAAAAUUAACGUUAUACUUUCCAGCUGUGAAUGGUCAUCUGUAUUACCUAGAGUAUUGCUGAGGAGCCAGAUUCUGGGAAUAUAAUUGAUGUGCCAAAAUCCAGUGGCAGACAUGAUCGGGAGCAUGCACCAAGUCAGAAUUUAAGGUUGGGCAUAAAUGUUUCAGAUCUGUCAAAACACUCAGCACCUAGAGUUGGGUUGGUUUCAGAAAUUGUAUGAGAAGUAAAUGCAUCAUUUGAAUGUUUGACUGAUACUAAGUUUGUUACUUUGGAGUAAAGUAAAUUUGGAGGCUUCAUGGGGAUGAGGAGCAUGGUGCUUGAAACAGACAAGCUGUGCCUAUUUCCCACUCCAAGAUGUGUUCCAAAGUAAAGGGUUGUCCUCUUUUGCGCAAGCAGAUCAUCAAAACCUUGCAAUCGCCCCAAGGCUGGUCUCAGGGUCACUAUGGAUGGAACUCUGUCCCCGUCCUCUUUUGUGCAAGCAGAUCAUCAAAACCUUGCAAUCACCCCAAGGCUGGUCUCAGGGUCACUAUGGAUGGAACUCUGUCCCCUUCCACUGGAUGCUAGGAAGCAUCUAAGGGUGAUGACCUAUUCCUGUCAUGAUGCAGAGAGAAAAGCAUACUAUGAUCAUCCUCCCUUUGUCUGGGAUACAGCAAAUCAAGUGUACAAAACCCAAGAUAAGUGAGAUACUGGGUAUGCAAGUGACUCUUCUUCACAAUAGACAUAUUCUAGCUUCUGUGCCAUUUGAAUUACUUUGGUGGGGAUGGCUCCAUGUGAUGGUAGCUGUUACCCAACAUCUUGAAGCAAACAGAAGAGUAAAUGUUUAUUAAGGAAAACAUCCACAUUACAUAUGCUUUUUCAGAAGUACACAUGGAGGGUGGGUGGAUAAGGCCUGCUGGACAGAUUUGUUCAGGGUGCCAAUGGUGGGGGCAGGGAGGGGGUACAGGCAGGAAAGAGAAAUAAGUCUGAACAACCUGGAGCUCAUUGUGAGUUUUCCUUGUGGAUAGAAAACCAAAUAAGGCUUAUCAGGAAAUAUGAGGUAAGAGGAAUUCAGCAGCAUGGCAGUUACUCUGAAGCUUUUCCCCUUCUCUAGACAGAGUUCAUAUGUAUUCCACCGAAGUAAUGCCAGUGAAAGUGCUAGUGUUAAGGCUUCAACCAAGCUUGUAAUUUCCCUAGUUUAAUGUCAAGUGCCUGAUACAGUCAUCUGCAAGUCUAAACAAGUGUAUUUAGUUUUUCCCAUUCUUGUUUUAAUUGGGGAAGGUGGAGGUGGAGGGGAGUGGUUGUGAAAACAUGCACACAUUUUAUGCACAAAAUGGUGCACCUGUCUUUGACUGCAACUGUGCUCAGUUGAGCAGAAGGAAAGAGAAGGCUGUGGGUAGCAAAGGUGCCUGGGCAUCUUCCUCUGAAAUCCAUUCCUCUUCACACAUUGGUUAGUUUGCACAACCUGGUGUGAAGUGUGCUCGGGGUCUCUAGUAGUGACACACCAGAGGCUGAGUUUAAGCAUCUGUUUCUGUAGCAAUCUGGUCAGCGUGUUCUCCACAAAGAUUAGUUAGCAAGUUCUACUUACAGUAGAAGCAGAGGAACUCUUAAGUGGGCAGCUGAUCCCAAAGAUAGCCCAUCAUACCCUCACCUCAGGAGCAGCUAUAAACUGAAUCCUGUUUGGCUGAGUACUGAUGGUUGAUGCUUCUGGUCCUAUAGUCCCAUCUUCUCUGUUGUAUGUGGCUGUCAUCGGUCCCAUCAUAGAAGGUGGAGAGGAUGGUUUAAUAUGAGGAGAGACCUGGUGACCCUGAGUUCUUACCAGGGCAAGAAAAAGUCACUUUGCAAUACCUAGAAGCAGCCAAAAAUGAAGAAGUUUAGUCUUUUAGAGGAAGCAACAUAAAAUGUUUCUUGCUGGAAAGAUGCAUUUUUUUUUCUCCAGCAGCAAGAACUUUUGUUUGUGUUUUUCACAAGUCCUAUUCCUCACAUCCAAUUGCUUCCUCUCCUAUUAUGCAAGGAUUCCCUGUUUCUUUCUUUUAAGACAAAUAUGUUUGAGUAGUUACAGUAAAACUUCACAGGUGUACAAGUAGGAAGACAAUGUUUUUAUAAAGAUAUCAUACGAUGAGAACUCUUAAUGAUCAUUAAAAGCAAACAAAUAAGAAUGCCAGUCUCAUUUUCCUCAUUUCUUACUUAAGAGAAGAGAAGUAAAUGAAAAGAGGAAGAAAUAGAUUUGCAAUUAAAAGAUGUGGCAACACGAUAUAGCUGAUCCAGUGCAAUUUAGCCUUCAGGUGCAGAACACUCAGAGUCCAAAGGAAAGUGGAGUGGACUUAAUUAGAUGCAAUUGUCUUCAUCCUGAAACUAGUCAGCUAAGCCUAUUUUCCAGCAGUUUGAAAGAGAUUCCUUUUUGUUCCUUCCAGCAGUGCUCUUUCAAGGCACACAGUUGUUCCACACCACUGGGUGAAUAAAGAUUGUGACCCCUCUACCACACUGAUGGGGCUGCAUCCUACAUUAUUUGGCAGGUUUAUAAGGAUAUCAGUAAUAACAAUGAUAAGUAAUAAUAGCUUCCCUUGUGUUAGUUAAAGGGAGCAUUUUUAAUCAUUUCAGAAAUUUUUGUGACACGUAAAGUGCAGUUGUGAGGAAUGUGUGGGUGUACGAAAAUGUAUCUGUCAAGUUCAGAGUCCUCUAGAUUAAAAAAUAUAUAUAUGACUUAUCAAUGGUGCCGUUAUAGCUUUGUCAAACAAUGGGUGUGCCCAUUUUCACAAUUAUCCUUAAAACAAAUCUAUGUUCAAAUGCUUUAAAAUUUAUCACACAAUACAAAAGUAUGACUUUGUCAGCCUUCUAGAGUUCUUUAUCUUUUUAUUUUCUUUCUUAUUUUUUUCCUUCAAAAAUCAAUGAAGACUUGAUUUCUGUCAAUAAUUGUAUUAAGGGUGAAUAUACUACCUGAAUUUUGUGCAUGUUACAUUGUAGUUGUAACCUUUUCUAAUUCGGGAUGAAUACAAGAUGGUUGUGAUUGUGCAGUGUAUCAAUAAAGUUUGAAGAAGUUUGUAACUUUUAGGGGACUGUUUAUUAGGACAUGACUUUGAGAUCCAGGAAUGGAAAAAUGCAGUAGGGUAUGCUUUUCAAUCUGUGUAUCUUAGGAUUUGGGAUGCAGAUGCAAUCAAAAGACUGUCUAUCUGUCCGUCAGUCUGUCUUUCUUUCUCUCUCUUCUUCAUUCCUUUCUUCUUUAUCUUUCUCCCCUUCUCAGAUACACACUCUACACACUCAUACUGCAAUGUAUACACACACACACACACACACACAGAGACAGUAGUUAAGCAUUUUUCACAUUAUAUCUAUAUAUCUCAUACUAUUUACAAAUAAUUUUAAAGGGUUCUACAUCUUCAAAGUCUAAGUUAUUUAUUGACCUAGGCUAAAAAAAAGUGAAGCUCCAGAAAAACAAUGACCACAUAAUGUCCAGUUUAGGCAUUUUACUCCAUAACAGUCACUGCUGCUUGAUUCCAGGGAAGUAAGAGCAACUUUAACAAGAACAAGCAUGAGAAGAUACAGUGGUGACAGUGUACAUUCACGCCUGAUUGUAUGUGCUUUUGAAUUAAUGUUUGUUUAUCUUGGCCUUUGCUGGAACACCUAUGAAAAAAUUAACAAGACAAAGGGCCCUGGAGCACAUGCUCCAUGACCAGUGCCAACUCCAAAACACCAUUCUUUUUCAAUAAAACUCUAUCUUUGUUCUUUAUCACACCCUCAUCUGCUUUUCUGCUGGAUUGCAUAUUGAUUUCUUUCUUACACCUCAGGUUCUCAUCAAUUGCUUGUGUCUCUGUGAAGCUUUUCUAGUUCUGCCAUGAGCUAAGCGUGUGGUCUUGGAUGGCUACUGGACUUCACAGCCUUGCCUUCCCUAUCUGCCCCAUUUGUGAAGUUAGUUACACCCACAGUUCAAACAUUUGUGGCCCAGUUCUCUGCCUCCCUCCCUCCCCUUUCUUCCCUUCCUCUCUCCCCCUUUAUAUCACACUAGAUUUCUCAAGGCAUUCCCCAAAUAAAAUCUAGGAGCAGUGGCUGAGAAUUCAGAACAUGGAUGAUAAUUUCACAGCAGAGACAGCAUCUCAGGCACAAAACAAAAACUCUGAGCUAGAACGAUGAGGUUGCUAUUCUUGCCAACUACCUCUGUAGACAAGGGUUGAUUCAGACCUUUUCACGACUCAGUCUUCCCAGGGCAUGAAACACAGAUCCUUGAUAGAUUAGAUACAUUCUCUUUGGGAAUUGAAGUGGUAAGUAAAUACUAGAAACUCUAGGUAACCAUGAUUGAUAGUUUCCAUUUUCCUCAGUUUUAUUUUAACGUCAUGACUUAUUAAGGAAAUGGAAUUCAGUCCCCUAUCUCCAACCUUCAGUACUUCCUUUUCUCUCUUCUUUUCUUCCUUCCUUCUCAUUAUCAUUUCCACCGCUACACCUAACCACCCAUUUCUCUGUUCAUACCACACUUAUCAAGUCAUGUGCUCUUUCGCUGGCCUUUUAUUUCAUCUGGUCACUCAACUCCAUCAAACAUCAGUGUACCAAUUUAUUCUUCCAUCAGCCAACCACUCACGUAGCUAUUCAUGUAUUAUUUCCCCAUUUAUAUAACCCUAAUUCUCUCCAUACAAUCAUGCACCUUCCUAACAUGACUGUUCCCCACCUAUUUACUUAAGAGACCUAUCCAUUCCCUGCCUGUCAAUCCAUCUUCCAAGCAUACUCCAACUAGCCUUUGGCAGACAUACCUAUUUCCCAGGCCACUUCGAGGUAAUGGAAUCUUAGCUGUUAUCUUUCUAUCCCACAAGAGAGGCUAUCUAGUUAUUCUUAAACUUGGCAGCUAAAUACUGAGAUGUAUUUUCAUUAUCUUCAUCCAAAAUAUACCCUAUUCAUAACAUGCAUAAAGAAGUACUUGUGGAGACAUAUUAAGAGUAUACUUUUUUUUGUUUUGUCAAGGUGAAUUCCAGUAGAAAGUGAAAGGAGACUUGGAAGCCAAAUGAAAAAACAGAGAAGAAACUAUAUGAUGCUUACCUUUAUUACACUCAGGUGGCAGUCAUGUAAUGAACACAUUAGCAAAUGUGUGCAGAAACAGACAAGAGAGACCCCAACUACUGAGGACCCCUUUUUUCUACAUUUUGCUGCUGAAUAAAUUACUUACUUUGAUGAAAAUCAAGGAGUGACAUUAAUUGGUAUCAAAUCCCAUGACCAAUUUUGAAAAACCAAAACUCUAAAAAUACAAACGAUGCUACCUUCUUUAAAUACAUUUAUCUAUCCAUUAGUAAACCUCUUGCUUUCCCUUACUUUUCCACCAUUUAUGUAUUCAUCACUCA